AUGAAGUCAUCGGUUCUAGUCUUCCUGCUCUGCAUUUCCUCCGCCUUGGCGUAUGUUGAAGUCGCUAUGAAGUGUCCGGACGGAUGGGAUUGGUUCAAGAGAUCCCGAGGUGGAUGGUGUAUGAAGGUAUUCUCCGGACCAGUCACUCAAGGAGAUGGUGAAACAAAGUGUAAAGCUGAAGGAGCCGUGCUUGCUGGAGUUCAGAACGGAGAUGAAGUCAAAUGGAUGGGAGAAUCUCUCGUCAAAGUAGCCGGAGGAGGCAGCCUAUGGAUCGGUGCGAAACGAUCAAUUCCUUGCAUACCGAUACGUGGAUUGACCGCUCUUUGCACGCCUCUUACCUCUUUCUACUGGACUGAUGCUUCGACUACUGGUUUCCUAGGAUUCAAAAAAUGGAUUGCUGGAGAGCCCAAUAAUUAUGGAGGAAACCAGGGUUGCGUUCAACUUUUUUCUGCAUCUGGUCUGAUGGAUGACGCUGCAUGUAAUAUAUAUUCAACCGGAUAUGUCUGUGGAAAAGUUGCGUCGUUUUGA